AUGUCUACUCCCUUUACCUUGCAAAACCCAGGUCGACCGAUCCACGUCGGCGUCAUUCUGAUGGCUUCGACCACGGAACUAUUGGAUGUAGCGCCUAUUGACUAUCUCCACGCACUCGACAAGAAAUUUUUGGGCAGCUUUCCCGAUGCCAUCUUCUCCCAGGAUGAGAAGGCGGCGGGCUUGACCUUCGAUUUUCACUGGGUUGCUGUGACGGACAAGGCUCCGUGUAAGCUUACGGCCGGUGUCCAAUUGAUCCCUACCGAUACGUUCGAGACGUGUCCUCCCCUCGACAUAGUCCUCACAGGAGCCAAUGAUUUCAACUACGAAAUGACUGAAGCAGAGUUGAAUUUCAUUUGCAAGUCCUGGAAUGAUUGCUCUGUAUACCUAGCCAUCUGUAACGGCCAGGAAUCUCUUCUGAAAGCCGGUAUCCUGGCCGGGAAGACAGCGACCGCUCCGUCUGACCUUCUCCCCAUCCUUCGACAGCAACACCCAGAGACAACCUGGGUUGAGAAGCGCUGGCAAAGAGAUGGAAAACUGUGGACCAGCGGCACGAAUAUGAAUGGACUGGAUCUAAUGCGGGCCUUCAUGUUUGAGACUUGGGGCGGAAAGAGAGAUUUAGUCGAAAAGUUGAGCAGGAUGGCAGCAUGGCCUAUGAGGGAUGUCAACUUUGGCGAUUGUUAG